AUGUACCUUCUCCUUCCGCCUACGUCUUGUACCCUUUCCCUUAGCGCAUGUCCCCCCCCGACAUUCUAUCUGCACUUGCCUUCGUUCAUUGUUCUUUCUUUCUUUCUUUCUUUCUUUCUUUCUUUCUUGCUUUCUCAAUUUCUUUCUUUAACUUUUCCCUUUCACACUCCUUUCUCUUUUCUCUUUAAACUCAUUUCUUCCUUCUUUAUUCCUUUCUUUUCGCCGUUCCUUUCUUUACUUUCACUUCUCUUUCUUUCUUUCUUUCUUUCUUUAAAUUCUUUCUUUCUUUCUUUCUUUCUUUCUUUCUUUCAUAUUUCUUUUUCUUUUCACUUUAACCUCAUUUGUUCCUAUUUUUUAUUUCUCUUUCUUUCUUUCUUUCUUUCUUUCUUUCUUUCUUUCUUUCUUAUUUCUUUUUCUUUUCUCUUUAACCUCAUUUGUUCCUAUUUUUUGUUUCCCGAUACUUUCCUUUAUUCUAAUUUCUCGAUUUCUUUCUUUCUUUUCCUUUUCUGUUUCACACGCUUUUUUCUUUUCUCUUUAAUCUCAUUUCUUCCUUCUUUCUUCCUUUCUUUUCGGCAUUACCUUCUUUACUUUCGUUACUCUAUUCUUUCUUUCUUUCUUUCUUUCUUUCUUUCUUUCUUUCUUUCUUUCUUUCUACUUAUUAAUUUUCUCGUGUAUUUUUCUGUUUUUCUUCUUACUUUCUUUCUCUUUCUUCUCGGUCUUUCCUUUCUUGGUCGCCAUUUUCCUCAUUCCUUUUCGCUUCCAAAUAAUUAA